GGACACCUGUCCAGGACCCCCGGAGCCCACACCCGCCCCGGCACCCUCCGCCCGUGGGGGCGGCCGCGGCGAGCAUGCGCACGGGCGCUGCGGCAGGCGGUGCGGAGCCGGGGCGCGGGGACGCGGGGCCCUGGGCCGCCCCGCGCCCCCAUGUACGCCUUCUACUCGCUGCUUAUCUACAUCUUCUACAGCCUCUUCCGCAGGGAUGGUGGGACGGCCGCGGGGGACCCGGGACAGGGAGCGGAUGGCGAGCGCGCCGGUCGCCGUCGCCCCAGCCAGCUGGCGCCGGAGCUCUGGGCCGAGCUGAGCGGCGUGGCCGGCUGCCCGGAAGCUGAAGAUGAGCCCAAGGCAGGGGCCGAGCGCCCCCAUGCCACAGUGUCCCUGGAGGAGGCCCUCACGCGGCUGGCCGAAUUCCUGGGGGCACAGCUGGGGCCGGAGGACAGCUGCGGGGCGGCCUCGGACCCGGGCCAGUCCGGCGAGGUGCCUGCGCUGUGGACAGUGACCAGUCAGCUCCUGGCCCUCCUGACAUGGAUUCGGAGUCCCAGGGGAAGGCAGGCCUUGCUGCAGGUGCCACAGGCAGCCCCCCGGGAACAGCCCUGGCCUCCGGAUGGGUCCCUGCCCGCACAGGAAGGCCCCUCCCACCUUGCCCCUGGGCCAGGAGAGGUGACCAGAGGUGAGGCUGAAUUGGAUGAAGACCAACGGGCUUGGCAGCACCUGGAGCAGUUCAUCCUUGGGCAGGCAGCCACAGACUCGGAGAAAAGGGUGCAGCACCUCACUGUGGAGAACGAGGCCCUGAAACGUUGCCUAAGCCUGGCCCGGGAAUUGCUCCUGCACUGGGGUGCCAGUCCCUCAGCCCGAGCCCCCCAGGAGGAGGCGCAGGCUCUGGGGGAGCUGCAGGGUCGGCUGCAGGAGGCCCAGGAUACCACAGAAGCCCUCCGUGUUCAGCUGGGGGCACAGGAGGUGCAGCUGCAGGGCCUGCGAGGGGCCCUCCAGCAGCUGCAGCAGGAGACGGAGCAGAACUGUAGGCGGGAGCUGCGGCUGGUGCAGGAGCAGCUAGCAGGACUGCGGGCACGCAUGGCCAGUCUGCGCCAGGGCUGCGGGGACCUCAGAGGACUGGUCAGCACCUUUGCCCAGAGCUGCCAGGGUUCCCUGAGCGAGGCCCGUGGCCAGGUGACCUGGGCCCUGGGUGCGCUGUCAGCCGCAGAAGCUGGGGCUCAGCUCCCUGAGGGGCAGCCAGGGCCCCCUACCGGAUGCCCAGGGAGACUUCUGGAGCUCAGGGGGAAUAUCCGGCUGCUGUGUCGACUGAGGCCGGGAGCGCCGUCCCACCUGGUGAGCGUGGAGCCUGGCCGCAGGGGCACUGUCACCACCUGCUAUAGAGGACGGCAACGCUGCUUCCGUCUGGACUGGGUCUUUGCUCCUGACGCCAGCCAGGAGGAGGUCUUCAGGGAGCUAGAACCGGCGGUCCUGUCUUGUCUUCAUGGCUACAGCGUCUGCAUCUUCACCUAUGGUCAAACGGGAACUGGGAAGACCUAUAGCAUGGAGGGCCCACCUGAGGACCCUGGCAUAGCUCCCAGGGCACUGCAGUCACUGUUCCGGGAGAUGGGAGCUGGAGGGCAGCAGCGCGUGACCCUCAGCAUGGUGGAGAUUUACAAUGAAGCAGUCAGGGACCUGCUGGCCCCUGGGCCCCCAGAGCGCCUGGCAGUGCGGCAGGGCCCAGCUGGCCAGGGAGGGGUGCAGGUGGCCGGCCUCACCCGGUGGGACGUGCCCAACCUGGAGACGCUGCACCAGAUGCUCAGCCUCGGGAGGAGCAACCGGGCCACGGCCGCCACUGCCAUGAACCAGCACAGCUCCCGCUCCCACGCCCUGGUGACGCUGACCCUGUCUCCGGCGUGCGCCCCCGGCACCGCAGGCACGUUGCACCUGGUGGACCUGGCCGGCUCGGAGCGCGCCUGGAAGACGGGCGCAGCGGCAGGAGCUCGGCAGGGAGACCCAGAAGGUGCCCGUCGGCUGCGGGAAGCACAGACCAUCAACCGCUCACUGCUGGCGCUAGGCGGUGUGAUGGCCGCGCUGCGGGCCCGCAGGCCGCACGUGCCCUUCCGGGACUCGCAGCUCACUCGCCUGCUACAACCGGCGCUGGGUCCCGGCACCACCGCGGUGCUGUUGCUGCAGAUCUCCACACGGCCAGAGGACCUCGGGGAGACAGUGUGCUCACUCAAGUUCGCAGAGAGAGUGGGUCAGGUGGAGCUGGGGCCAGCCCGGCGCCGCAGGACACCACGUCCCGGGACACCCUCGUCACUCAGCACGGACACGGCACUCACCCCCACACCGCCUGCAGACAGCCCUCCCAGCCCCAGCCCGGCCCUGACACCGGGAGAGGGUGACAGCCUUGCCUGAGCGUCUGAGGGUGCACCUCUGCUGGCAGAGUCACCCCACCCCAACUCCCAGGGCACAACCUUUGACCUCCUGGGGGCCGGGGCCCUGCCCCCCACCUAGUGUCAUGGAUGGGAAGGGGCAGCCAGGAGGCCACAGGCGACAGGCUUCCUCCUUAUCACCAUUUGUCCUUAUCACAGCCCAGCAGGGGCUGGCAGAGCCCCAGGGGCCAGGCCCCAGUGCUGGCCCAGCAGCUGCCCAAGUCACCACCCCUGCCCCCAAAGUCAGGCUUGCCGCUCACAUGUUGUAAAAUUCCUUUACUGCCCCUCCCUGCUAGGUGGGAUCUAGACCUCACCCCUCCCCCUUUUCCCAAAAAGGUGCUGACCCAAGGGCCGGUGGGACCCACUCUGUAGCCAGUGAGGAGAGCUGUGAUAGCACACUUCUGGGGCUGAGGGCCGCUGGCCCUGCCCUCCCAGGCUGGCCCUGGACAGGGUAGGACAGCCAGGGUGUGCCCUCCCAGCGCCC